AUGUACCGAUCCCUUUUUGCCAAUUCCAAAACUCGCCAGUCUCCAGUGAACAUAUCGCUCAAAGCGACCGUAUACGAUCCAGAGAAAUGUGAGAACUCGUCUAUAAAACUCCAAUACCAGGAAGGCGAUUGCCACGAAGUGGUUGUUCUACCUACAACAUGGAUGUUACGAACUACCGAUUGUUGCAAAACAACUUUGACCGCUUCACACCUGCCAGCCGAAUUUCGUUUACUGCAAGUACACGGACAUUGGGGUGGAACUGCCGAUUCUGGAUCGGAACAUAGCAUUGAUGGCAAGCGAUAUGCAGCAGAAGUGCAUUUCGUAUUUUGGAAUACAACCUAUGAACUAGAGAACGCUGCCAACCAUCCUGAUGGCAUGGCUGUUGUGGCGGUUUUUCUAAAGGAGGGCAAGUACAAUCAGGAGUAUGGCCACAUCACUGGGUCCAUACUGGAAGCAGUAAACACCAUGGCGCCCAUUCAUGUACCCGAUGCAUUUGAUUUAACGAAGCUGUUACCUAAAAGUAAGAGAAAUGCUUUGCAAGCAAACCCAUAUUCCAUUACUUUAGAAUUGGACUAUGUGUUCUACGAAGGAUCUCUCACCACUCCUCCCUAUAGCGAAUGUGUUUUAUGGACUGUGUUGCUGGAACCUGUGGAGGUGUCGACAAAUCAGGUAUACUGUAGUGACGUGUUUGUGUCAUCAAGGAGCUAA